AUGCAAUCCUACUCUAUUUCUUCCUUAAAGUAUCUGGACGCAAAGGACCUUUACCAAUGGAUAAAGCAAGGAAAGACGUCAUUGGGAGAACCGUUCCAAGUCAUAGACGUGCGAGGAUCUGACCACGUUGGGGGACACAUCAAAGGGUCGUGGAACUACCCGUACAAGAAACUGAAGUCUGAUCUGGCGUACGUGGACACUUUGAGACAGGAGUUGUUGAACAAGACGGAUUCAGACUCGGAUGUGAUAAACUGUGUGUUCCAUUGCGCAUUGUCGCAACAAAGGGGCCCCAGUUCGGCAUUGUUGUUUCUACGGUCGAUACCAGAGUCGCAGUUGAGCAGGUUCCGCAUCUGGGUCUUGAAAGGUGGGUUCAACUACUGGCAAUCGAUUUAUGGGCUAGACGAAACAGUUACAGACAACUACAAACCCGAUUUAUGGAGGUGA